GGAGCCUCUUUUGCUUUCAAUUUGUGUCAUCGUUUUCACUCUGGUUUCCCUAUUUGUUUACAACGCAAAGUCCCAUGGAAAAUCCAAGAACCUUCCGCCUGGUAGUUUCGGGUGGCCCUUCAUCGGAGAAACCUAUGAGUUCAUCUUCUCCAACCACGAUAAGUUCAUAAGUGACAGAAUGCAAAACUACUCUUCCAAAAUAUUCAAAACCCAUCUCUACGGCCAACCCACCGUCGUCCUCUGUGGUCCUUCCGGCCACAAAUUCAUCGCUGCUAAUGAAGGAAAGCUCAUGACCGCAUGGCGCCCAACCGCCACCCGAAAGCUCUUUCAAAGUGCGAUGCCGACAGGUGACUCCAUCGUUUCACGCCAAUCCGAGAUCCAUUUGGUUCGUGCGCCUGUGUUCAUCACUCAAGAAGCUCUGGUGGCUUAUGCUUCGGUCAUGGAUGGUAUGACGAAGCAUCACUUUGAGACGCACUGGUUCGGGAAAUCACAGGUUGAGGUUUUUAGCCUUCUCGAGCUUCUCACAGUGGGCAUAGCCACAAGACUCUUCAUGGGCCUCCAAGAUCUUGAUUGUGUGGCUAAGAUGGCCAAGUGGUUCGGCCACAUCGCUCAAGGCCUCCACGUUCUCCCGUAUGAGAUUCCUGGGACUACGUUUGGUCGGGCUAUGAAGGGGAAGAGAGCUGUGAUGAAUGAGAUUAUGAAGUUGAUAAAUGAGAAGAGAGAGAGACUGGCCAAAGGUGAGAUGCCAACCGAUAUAUUGUCGUACAUGAUGGUCAGUGCAGAUCCGAGCGGAAAGAUCAGAUGAGAUGAAGAAGUUGCUGAUACAGUUAUGGGAUUGACUACAGCAGCUUUUAACUCUCCAUGCAUCGCUUUGACGUUCGCCAUGAAAUACUUGGCAGAAAAUCCCCAAGUUUACCAAAGGAUCAGAGAUGCAGAGCAAAUGGAGAUUGCAGCAUCUAAAGAGCCUGGAGAGACUCUGAGCCUGAACGACAUACAGAGGAUGAAGUAUUCAUGGAAUGUGUUGUUGGAAGUGAUGAGAGUGAUCCCUCCUCUUCAGGGAACCUUCCGAGAGGCCAUGUCUGACUUUACAUAUGACGGCUACACUGUUCCUAAAGGCUGGAAGGUGUAUUGGACGGUGAGCUCGAUCAACAAAGACCCAAAAAUAUUUACAGAACCAGACAAGUUUGAUCCAACAAGGUUUGAGGGUGAGAUUCCACCAUUCUUGAAUAUGCCAUUUGGAGGUGGUCCAAGAAUUUGCCCUGGAAAAGAUUUUGCGAAGCUUCAAAUGCUCAUUUAUCUUCAUUACGUCGUCACCUUCUUCAAAUGGCAACUCAUCAAUCUCAAUCCCAAGGUUCUUGCAGCCAUGAACGCCUUACCACUCGAUGGAGUUUGGGUGCGUCUUCAGCGCUGUGCUCAAUAGACGAAGCAGUCCACGAAGCGGCCUCCUUUAUACAUUAAAAACAAAAAAGAUGAAGCAGCCACGGACACAUCCAUCAUAUAUAUGUGUCAUGUGUGUGUACGUAUAUAUAUAAUCUAUACAAAAAAAUUAUACUAAUACAAGAAUAAUAAAAAAAGAAAAAAAAAGGGAUAAGAGAGGACAUGCAUGAGUUGUGGAGAUAUUGUAGAGCUUGCAGAAAUAUUUGAAUAAAUCGUGUCGAUAUCUCCCAGUUAAAAUCGUAGCUAGGUUAAGAUAUAUUGUGUUCUGUCGUGUUAUGGACAAGCAUCAUGGCAUCGGGCUUAAUUGUUUACAUACAUACAUACAUACAUACAUAUAUAUAUAUAUAUAUAUAUUAAUAAUUGUUUUAUGGUGGCAUCGCGUACGCUUUAAUUUGUCAUUGCACAAUUGAGUAUUGACUUUGCUUUAAUAACAGUUUUGACUUUCAAUAACAAAUAGGGAGAGGAUCACAUUUAAGGAUAUGUGAAGAAUAUUAUUUGCAGAAAAGGACAAAUAUAAUAAUAAGUAAUCAUUCAAAAAAAAACAAUUAUAUUCUUAUUUUAACAACAAUCUAUUUCAGUUGGGAAAAAAAAAACAACAAUCUAUUUCAUAUUGAUUCUUCACAAAUUCCUUGAUAUGAUUCUCCCCAAUAAAUAUCUGUGCAUCCAUUUCACCAAUUUAUUCCCUUUUUUUAAGUUUCCGAAACUGUUAUUAAUUUUAUGAUUUUAACAUUACAGAUCUGAAUCAUGUGUCUUUAAUUAAUUCCAUAUAGAAUUUCAGUGGUGCUUUUAAUCCAUUCAAGAAACUACUAGUAAUGAGUGGAGUCUUAAAAAGUUUAACAUAUAAUGAAUUAAAAUAUUUUUUCUCAUUAUUGAAUUGUAAUAUAUAAUAUGAAUCAUGCCCAGUGAUCAUUGAUCUUUGGAUUUAACAGAGUUCCAGCUAGGAAAGAAAUGAAAAAAAAAAAUACUUAUUUUCUAGUCAAUACGCAAGUCAACCAAGCUACAAUAACUUAUGAAUUUCCUAUUACUAUAUAUAAUUAAUAAAGCUCAUUAAUUCUUACACUUUAGGAGAACAAAGAGCAUAACUAGUUUUAACUUCUUCGGAUUCAUGAUAUCUGGAAAUUCUAUUACUUUCUGAGUGAAGCGAUCAAAAAGCUCAUCAACAAUUCCACGUCCGAAGUGCUGCUCAAUCAGAUCUCCCAAGAAAGCUCGUAACAUGGAGACAAAGUUGGAGGCUUUUGGGGUUGAAUAAAAUUCUUCAACUUUCAGUGUCUCAAUCCGCUCAAUACUGAGACUCUCAUUCUUCUCCAGGAUUUCCUUCAGAUUCUUUGCAGGUGAAUAAAAGAGAGGCAAAUUGAGUGAGUCAAUCUUUUUCUUCACCCACUCGUCCCUGCAUCAUCAUCCAUGUGAGCCAGAUUUUAGUUCUCUCUUUUCUUUUCUUAUUUAUAAAUCAUCUCCAACAUAUUUUAAUAAAUUUUUAUCUUUGACUUUAUUAAAUAUACAUACUUUUAACAACGUAUUUUCUUUCAUAUUUAAUGAAAGUAAUAUGGGAAAUUUCUGAUAAAAGUGCAUGACAUGAAGAUUAGAGAAGUAAUUCAGACGGUUAAAGGCUUCUCAAUUACCACUCUAGCCAUGUCCAUGAGAGUAGAUCCAAGAAGCUCAUAAGCCCUAGAAGGAUGUAUAUCAGAUUCGAGAAUCACAUCAGGCACAGUAGCGAUCUGAAGCGCCAUUAGCCCAUUGCUCACAAGCUCUUGCGCUCUAGCAUGCAAAAAAUUCUCCAAGUCAGCUCUGUACUGUGCUAAAUACGCAUCUUCUACUUCCUUAGGAGCAUUUACGUGAUGACUCCUUCCUUUGUUAAAUGCACUGCAGCUUCUAUCUGCAAUCUCUUUAGGAACCCUAGAAAGCCAAUGAAGUGUUGAAGAUGAGUGGACAAAAUGGAGAGUUUUCUUUGGGAAUAAGCGUCCAAGGAAAGAGCCAGGAACCCCAGAAGCGAAGUAGUUUCUAUUUGGAGGAAGCUGCUUGAAGAAUGUGUUGAAGUUAUUUGAAACUUGGUCGUUGAAGAAGACAUGGAAUUCUGGGAUUUGAUGAGCAGAAAGCUUCUGAGUUUUGUAAUAAUAUUAUUUUUCUAUCAAUUCUGUUAUGGUUUGCAUUGCAACAAUGGCAUUAGGCCCAGUGGAGCAGCCAAGGUCAGCAAUCCGAAUGACGUUUGUAGGUCCAAUGUAUGUCAUGGGAUCAAAGUUCUUGACUAUUGCUUCCUCAAUCAGUUUUUUGUUAGCUUCAAAAACUUCUCCCUGUAGAAAAAAGACACGCAAUAUAAUUAAAUGAUAAGUUUGAAAUCA